UUGCAGUAGAAAUGGCAACGCAGACCGGUCGGGUGCGCUGCUCGUUCUCGGCCGUGAAUAAAUCCGUAUUAUGGCUCAAUCGAAUGACUUAGACGUUGGUGCACCGUUGUAUGUCAUGUGAACUAUAAUUUAUUGAUCACAAACGUGUUGAGUAACAAUUAAACUGUGUUAGUUUAUUAUCAACGGUUAAAUUGUAAAGUACGUUGAAAAACGGCAUCACUCCAUUAUGUGGCAUAACAUUGAAGUCGAUGUUGGUUAGGCAGUGUAUUUAUGAACUGAACAAAUAUCUGAGUGUUGAGAAACCUUCGAUUAAGUGUAAUAUUCUAUAUUAUCAUGGCUCUGCGGCAUAUUUUCUCCAUAAUUAUAUUUGUGACAUGUGUAGCAUGUUAUUACAAUAGCUGUCAGUGUGGUUUUGUGUUUGAUGAUAUAAGUGCGAUAAAGGAAAAUCGUGAUUUGCGACCUCAUACCCCUCUUAAGAAUGUCUUCCUCAAUGAUUUCUGGGGCACACCAAUGCAUAAGGAGCAGAGCCACAAAUCGUAUCGGCCUCUGUGUGUCCUCACGUUUCGAUGGAACUAUCUGCUCCACCAGCUCGAGCCCAUGGGGUACCAUCAGUAUUUCCAACUAUGA